GGGGCGGGCCGGGCGCGGCGAUGCUGCAGCUGCGGGACUCGGUGGACUCGGCGGGCACGAGCCCCACGGCGCUGCUGGCGGCCGGCGACGACGACGACGAGGCCCGGGCGGCCGCGAUCGCGGGGAGGCCGGGGCCGGGCGCGUCGCAGUGCCAGACGCUGUUUCCGCUCAGCGUCCACGACCCCACGCGCCGCGCCCGGGUCAAGGAGUACUUCGUGUUCCGGCCCGGGACCAUCGAGCAGGCGGUGGAGGAGAUCCGCGUGGUGGUCCGGCCCGUGGAGGACGGGGACAUCCAGGGCGUGUGGCUGCUGACCGAGGUGGACCACUGGAACAACGAGAAGGAGAGGCUGGUGCUGGUCACCGACCGGGCCCUGCUCAUCUGCAAGUACGACUUCAUCAGCCUGCAGUGCCUGCAGGUGGUCCGGGUCGCCUUGGACGCCGUGGACACCAUCUCGUUCGGGGAGUUCCAGUUCCCCCCCAAAUCUCUCAACAAGCGACAAGGCUUUGGGCUUCGCAUCCAAUGGGACAAGCAGAGCCGCGCGUCCUUCCUGAACAGGUGGAACCCCUGGUCCACCAACGUGCCCUACGCCACCUUCAUUGAGCACCCGAUGGCUGGUGCCGAUGAGAAGACGGCUUCUCUCUGCCAGCUGGACGGCUUCAAGGCGCUGCUGAUCCAGGCCGUGAAGAAGGCCCAGAAGGGAGGCCCAGCGGGUGGCCAGGGUGUGCUGGUGCUGGAGCGGCCGCUGCUCAUCGAGACCUACGUGGGGCUCAUGUCCUUCAUCAACAAUGAGGCCAAGCUGGGCUACUCCAUGACUCGUGGCAAGAUCGGCUUCUAGUGGUGCAGCCGGCAGGGGCAGCAAGUCAGGGCUAAGGGAAGGCCUUUCCCUGUACGGUUGCAGUCGACAGGGACCAGGGUCCUGGGCAGGAGAGCCAGGCCACGCUUCCCAGAUCCGCUCUGCUUCCCAGGGUUGGCUCUGGGCUUCCCACCUUCCUCCUGGCCUGCAUCCUCGCAUGGACCCGCCAUUUACUUUCUCUCUUCCCGGCCCCUUCAGCUCGGGGGCAGCUCACACUGAACCUGCAGGUGUAGCUACACUGGCUGUCCAGCCCAUCUUGUGCCCAAAGUUCUGUCUCUUUGUAAAGCUUAAAUACAGAAGCUGCUGCUGGUCCAGGCCUUGGUGUAGGAUCCACCCAGCUACAGGCAAUAGACCCCGGUUCUGCUGUUCUGAAAAUUA